AUGACAUUCUUAACACUCCUAGGCAUUUAUGUCUUUGGUGGACUGACUUUCCUCCCACUGCUUGCUAUCCUGAUAUAUGUCACACACGCGACAGAAAAACUCACUGUCGAUCCUCCUCCACCAAAGCCUGUCACCAAAGACGUGUACGGACAGAGAGGAAACCAGGGCUGGAUCCGGCUCACGACUCGUUACAAACCAAAGGAUGCUGAGUCAAGUGGGCUUUUAGCAGGGAUCCAGGCAGCAUACCUGGGUCCACUCAACCGACGAUCCAAAGGCCUUGUUGUGGCCUAUGGAGUCCUGAAGCAUGGUGCAUUGUUUCUCUAUGAAGGAUCUGACCAGCAGGAGCUGAGGCUGAUUCUGCCAAUGCACGACUACAGGGUCUCUCUCUACCCCGAAAACAAAUCUGAGAGCGAGUUGUUUGGUCGGCACACUGCCAUCCGGCUCAAGAUCAGCCCGACCACCACUUCUCCAUCCAAACACACCACAAUUGCUCAAAAGGACACCCACGAGGUUGACUACAGCUACUUACUCAACACCGAUCUCUAUCUGAUGUGUGCCAGACCAGUCGACAAGGAGGACUGGCUGCUGGCCUUAACAUCCGCCUCUGAGAUGAUGGCCGAAUCCCCUGAUAAGGCUCACAUCGAGACCGUUGACCAGACCCACUUUGAUCCGCCUGCAAUGCAAGCUCUGAUAGGAACCGUCCAUCAGGAUGCAAAUCACUACGAAAUCCAGUGGCUCAACGCAAUCAUGGGUCGUCUGUUCCUAGGGAUCUACCGCACCGAGUCCUUAAAGAAAUAUUGUCAGGAUACUUUUACCACAAAAUCCAAAAAAGCCCACUUGCCACAUUUUCUAGGAGAUCUGCAUGUCAAGAGUGUUGAUGUCGGCAAAUCUAUUCCAUACAUCACUCGACCCCGUCUAUUGUCCCUCUCUCCUGAAGGCGAUUUGCUAGCCGAGGCUCAUGUGGAGUACACCGGUGGGCUCUGUGUGGUGGUUGAGACCGACCUCAGCGUGUCUUACUCGUCUCUGAUGAAGCCAUUGCGAGUCCGGCUGGUCCUCUCAGUCCAGCUGAAACGGUUCGUCGGCAAGUUCAACAUCAAGAUCAAACCGCCUCCUUCAAACCGUUUCUGGCUCGGGUUCUGCGAAACUCCCGAGAUGACCUGGGCCAUCACCCCCGAAGUGUCCGACAAACAGAUCAAAUUGGCCAUGGUGACUAACGCAAUCGAAUCAAAGAUCCGUGAUUUUAUUGUCGAGACCAUGGUGCUGCCCAACAUGGAAGAUUUUCCGUUUUGUUCGUCUGGCGGCAGAGGAGGAGUGUUUGGAGAGCGGAUACCAAAACCAAGCAUGUCUCCUUCGCCCUCACAAUCGUCUGUGUCCUUGUCGCCAAAAACUAGCACUUGUACUGGAAAUGGAACUGGAACUGGAAAUGGAACCAACAUUGGUGGUAUGACGGAAAUCCGUCCAGAAUCAGGAGAUCGACAUGCGUCUGCACCCGAUAUUUUGAUAAACACUCCAAAGGCAGUGCGUAAACCAGUCCCCAAGGCGCCUCUGGAUAACAUGAAUUACAACAUCAGUACCAAUGCCAGUGCCAAUACUAAUGUCAAUAAUAAUCCUACAGAAUCAUUUAGUGCAAGCAGUAGCAGUAGUAGCACCAGCUCUUCCAGCAGCACCAGUAGUGGAAGCAGCACAACCGUAAAUGCGAGUGAUACAUCUCUAGUCUAUUCCACCGAACCAGACAACGUCACUCUGGUUGAAGAAUCUGCUGCUUCCGAGCUCUACUGGAGCUCGGACAGCCCGCAUCCUACUACACCAGACCUCUUGUUUGACCAACCGUUUACAACACACGACUCAUCAGCGCCUGAUCAGGCUCUAAUAUUUGAUGAUCCACCAUAUCCGCCACCUCAAACUGCAGCUGUCGAUCAAUCCACCCCUCCACGUUGGACAUCGAGUUUCCGUCGCAAACAAUCAAAAAAGACUGACGAUCUUGAUGAACCGCUUAUUGAUUCCAACCAGCAGCAACCCAAUCCACAACCUCACUUUAAGCAACAAUCACAGAUACAAUCACUAGUACUAUCACAAGCACAGAUACUAGCGCAUAUACAAUCCCAAACACAAUCAAAAUCAAAAUCAAAAUCACAAUCACAAGCACAAGCACAAGAACAAACACAAACACAGCAUCAAAAUCAGCAUCAAAACCAAAACCAAAACCAAAACCAAAACCAAAAUCAAUAUCAACUUCAUCAUCAAUUCUAUUCACAACCUCCUCUUCCUCCUCCUUUAGAAACCGAAGACAGCCAAUCGAUUGCAUCCACCAAAAAGAGUCUGCUCAACAAAAUCGGCGGCAGCUUCAAGUCCGAGACUGCCCAUAGAUCACUGACGAACAAAAAGAACACGCUCUAUAGUGUGGCCGGCACACUUUUUCAUAAACACAAGGAUACUCACGAAGUGCGUAAGAAACGGAACCAAGAGAUGCAAGAAAUCCAUGCACGCAAGAUGAGUGCAUUUUCUAAUCGUGUGGCAGAUAUGCAGCGUCGGUGCAGCAACGAUAUUCCUGCAACCAAAGUCACAAUUAAUAAUAACAACAAUAGCAACAAUAAUGGUAUGACGGAACCAAGAGAAACGGCGGCUAUAGUAGCAGUAGUGGAAUCGACAUUGGUAAAGUGUGCGUCUUCUCAGAAAAUUGAUUCUGUGGAUUGGUUAGAUGGUGAAGGGCACAAGCAAACAGCAAUAUAA